UAGCAUCCACAUAAUUUCCUCUUGAGGAGUAGGUAGGGAUAUGACACAGUUGUUUGGAAUUUUUUGAAAAUAACGUAUACAAUCAAUUACAUUCAAAACUGCUACAGUCAUAUUUAUAGACAAGUCACUUUAGCACAGGCUGGGCCGCGAUGGAAGCGGUCCCCCGUAUGCCUAUGAUCUGGCUGGAUCUGAAAGAGGCAGGGGAGUUCCAGUUCAGCCCGUCCGUGAAGCAGUUCAUCCUGAAAAACUAUGGAGAGAACCCAGAAAACUAUAAUGAACAGCUGAAGAAGCUGGAAACCCUGAGACAAGGGGCAGUGAACGUGACGCGGGACUUUGAAGGCUGCAGCAUUUUGAGGAAGUACUUUGGUCAGCUGCACUAUCUUCAGAGCCGUGUGCCCCUGGGGCCUGGACAAGAGGCAGCAGUGCCCAUAUCAUGGACCGAAAUAUUUUCUGGAAAAACAGUCACUCACGAUGACAUCAGCUAUGAGCAAGCCUGCAUCCUCUACAACCUGGGUGCGCUUCACUCCAUGUUGGGAGCCAUGGAUAACAGGGUGUCAGAAGAGGGGAUGAAGGUGUCCUGUACACAUUUCCAGUGCUCUGCGGGGGCGUUCUCCUACCUAAGAGACCACUUCAGUCACAACUUCAGUGUGGACAUGAGUCACCAGAUCCUCAACCUCAACAUUAACCUCAUGCUGGGCCAGGCUCAGGAGUGCCUCCUGGAAAAGUCCAUGCUGGACAACAGGAAGAGUUUCCUCGUAGCUCGCAUCAGUGCUCAGGUGGUGGACUACUAUAAGGAGGCGUGCAGGGCCCUGGAGAACUCCGACACAGCCUCUAUGCUGGGUAAGAUCCAGAAGGACUGGAAGAAACUGGUGCAGAUGAAGAUCUACUACUUUGCGUCCAUCGCGCAUCUGCAUAUGGGGAAGCAGGCUGAGGAGCAACAGAAAUAUGGAGAGAGGUUGGCGUACCUACAGAGCUCCUUAGACAAACUAAGUGAAGCCAUUAAAUUGGCAAAGGGUCAGCCGGACAGUGUGCAAGAGGCCUUGAGGUUCACCAUGGACGUUAUAGGGGGAAAGUUCAACUCUGCCAAGAAAGACAAUGACUUUAUCUACCAUGAAACUGUACCCUCUUUGGAGACUCUUGCUUCGGUCAAAGGUGCCCCCCUGGUGAAGGCUUUGCCUGUGAACCCAACUGAUCCCAGUGUCACCGGACCAGACCUGUUUGCCAAGCUGGUGCCCAUGGCUGCCCACGAGGCCUCCUCCCUCUACAGCGAAGAAAAGGCCAAAUUGUUACGAGACAUCAUGGCCAAGAUAGAGAGCAAGAAUGAGACACUAGAGCAGUUCAUGGACUCUCUGGGUCUGGAGCCCGACUCUGUGGACAAUCUGGACAUGUACAGUCACAUCCCCCCUGUACUGAUGGAGAAAUGUGCUGCCCUCAGUGUCAGACCAGACACUGUCAAGAGCCUCAUUCAGUCCAUGCAGGUUCUGUCUGGCGUGUUCACAGAUGUGGAGGCGUCUCUGAGGGAGAUCCGGGAUGUGUUGGAGGAGGAUGAGGCUGGGGUGCGGGCUCUGCAGGAGGCGGUAGGAGGAGACCCGGCGGCAGAGCUUCAGGCCCAGGCUCAGUCCCUGGCUGAGAUCCGCAGGGACCUGGAGAAGUACAUGGAGGCCCAUGAGAAGGCCAGUUUUACUAACACAGAGCUGCACAGAGCCAUGAACCUCCACAUUAGUAACCUCCGGCUGCUGGGGGGACCGCUGGACGCCCUCAGAGAUGCCCUGCCCAGGCCACAACUUAACGAGGAGGAGGUGGCGGGGCUGCAGUGUAUGAAGAGGAUCCUGGGGAAGGUGCAGGAGAUGAGGGACCAGAGGUGCUCCCUGGAGAAACAGCUGCGUGACCUCAUCCAGCAUGAUGACAUCACAUCCUCUCUGGUCACUACCGAUCGCGCUGACAUGAAGAGGUUGUUUGAGGAGCAGUUGAAGAAGUAUGAGCAGGUGAAGGUGUAUAUCGACCAGAACCUGUCGGCUCAGGAGAACAUCCUCAAGGCGCUGACGGAGGCCAAUGUGCAAUACGCUUCGGUCCGCAAGGGCCUCACCGAGACGGAACACAAGUGGAACGGCAUGGUGCAGACCUUGGUGGCGUCCUACGAGGCCUACGAGGACCUGAUGAAGAAGUCGCAGGAGGGAAAAGAGUUCUACGAAGACCUGGAGGCCAAGUCCUCGCGCCUGCUGGAGAGAGCCAAGGCCCUGUGUCAGGGCAGGGAGGAGGACAGGAGGGCCGUGCUGGACACAGAGAGCCAGAAGAAGCCCCCUCCCCGGCCAACAGCCGCCAAGCCCUCCCUGGGUGUCAAGGGGGGUUCGGAUGUUGACUCUGCCUGCUCAAGCCUGGAGGAUGCCGAGCUGGCCCAGAUCAAUGCCGCAAUACUGAGCCUGGGAGGAGACCUGCCGGAGGAGCUCCGCAGUCUCCCCGACCUCCCGCACCCUUCCUCCCAGCCCGCUGCCCUCCGCCCCACACCGGAGGCUUUCGUCCCUGCUGCCACCUUGGGGGGCAGCACCUCGUUACCCUGGCCGGGGGCGCCUGGGGCACCUCUCUAUGCCCCUCGCUUCAACCCAAACCUUCCCACGCCUGAACUCCUGGCCCGAAUCCCACAGUUUUGCGGCCCCCUCCCUGUCCAGGGUUUCCCUGGCGGGCCACUCCCUCGACUUCCCCCGCAGCAGACCCCUGUUUCAGGCUACGGUGCUCCCCAGCCUCAAGCCCCCCAACCUGGUGUCGGUCCGGUCCCUGUCCGUCCCUCGACCACAACGGUAGAUAGUAUCCAGACCCCCAUUCCCAGUUACAACUCGGCCCCACGCCACUCUGUCCAACCUCCUGUCUUGGCGGGCUACCCUGUGACCCCCCAGAUUUCUGCAUACCCGCAGUACAUGCCACAGCCUGGGGUGCCCGUUCAGGCACCGGGCCAGGUACCACAGCACCAGUACCAACCCUCUCUACACUACCAGCCCGGCCCCAGAUCUAUGCCUGGGCCGCAGCCCCCGCCCCACACCCAGCAGGGUUACCCACAGUACAUGGCUCAACCUCCUCAGCACCAGUCUCGCCUGCCCAUGCCCCCCCAGUAUCAGCAGCCAUACGCUGGUCAGCAACAACCACAGCCUCAGCAUGGCUACCAGCCCCAGUUACCACAAGCCUACCAGCCACCACCCCCUCAGCAGGGCUAUUUGGCCCAACAGCCCCCACACAUGAUCUCACAGGGGCCUCACCCUCCGAUGCCCCCCGCCUCCCAGCCAUACAUGCACCCUGCCAACCAACAGAUACCCGGUCACCCUCAUCAGCAGAUGCUACCUUCCCAGCAGCAGCAGAUGCCUCAUCCACAAAUGCACCCUGGCACUCAUCAGCAGAUGCCCCCUACCUCCCAGCCCCAUCACGGCCAGCUCUCUCAGGCUUUCCUGCCCAGGGGCCCCUUCCCGCCUCAGGGGCCCCACCCCGGCCAACCCCCCAUACUCCGCCCUGCCCAGCCGCCCCAACACAGCCACCAGCCCACGGUGCAACAAAGCUUCCAGUCUCCCAUGAUGCCUCACUUGACAGUGCAGCAGCCCCGGGCCUCCCAACCUGCCAUCCCCAUGACCCCCACCAUGUACCCUCCUCCCCCAGGGGUGAACGGGCCUCCCGGAGCCCCACCACAGCCCACCUCUAUGGGCCAACCUCAGCCCCCUCCCCAACACAUGAUCCCACCCCCUGCUGUAGCUCCUUUGGUGGCCCCCCCACCUAACGCCAUCCCUCCCCACCCCUCACCUUCCCCCUCUCCCUCCCCAGGCCUGGCCUGCCAGAUGCCCUCCCCAGCCCCUACCCCUGGCGGUCCACCCUCUCUGCCCUCCCCUCCCUCCCCCGCCACCUCCCUUUUCCUGCCCCAGAACAGCACAGAUGACCUGCUUUCCUCCAGCCCAGAGAGCCAGCCUGGCGGUCCUAAGACCCCUACCAACGUCCUCCAACCCACAAAGGCUGACCCUCAGGACGGGGAGCGCCGAAAGAAAAGCUCCCAGGGUAUCCGGCUGAUCCAGGGAGACCCGUACCAAGCCCCGGAACGCGUGGCCCGCCUCUGCGGCGAACUUGAGCGCUUCCGGUUGGCCGUGGAGGCUCUGGAACGGCCGUCAAUGGUGGAAGGUAGCCUGUCAGCGUUGGAUGCCUGCUGGAAGGAACUCCAGGAGGGGCAGGAGAGGGAUGCCAGACCCUUGUCCAUUGCCAUCGCCCGCUGCUACACCAUGAAAAACCGUCACCAAGACGUGAUGCCCUAUGACUGUAACCGCGUGCUACUGCGCUCCGGGAAAGAUGACUACAUCAACGCCAGCUUUGUGGAGGAGCUGUCGCCCUACUGCCCGCGCCUCAUUGCCACACAGGCGCCACUGUCGGGCACAGCUGCAGACUUCUGGCUCAUGGUGUGGGAGCAGAAGGUGUCACUGGUGGUCAUGUUGGUGUCGGAGCAGGAGCUGGACAAGGGAAAGGUUUUGCGCUACUUCCCAACAGAACGUGGACAGCAGCUAGCCCAGGGACCAAUAACUGUCACCCUAACUACGCAGAAGACUACACCCACCCAUGUGGAGCGAAUGAUUGGCCUGCAGUACCGUGACCAGAGUCUCAAACGCACAGUCAUACACCUACAAUUCACAUCUUGGCCUGAGCUCGGUCUCCCUGAGAGCAAGAGCAAUCUGAUCCACUUCAUCCAGGAGGUUCAUGGAUACUACCUCCACCAGAGGCCCUUACACACCCCCAUUGUUGUCCACUGCAGUUCUGGUGUGGGCCGUACCGGGGCCUUCUGUCUGUUGUAUGCAGCGGUUCAGGAGCUGGAGGCAGGAAACAGCAUCCCUGACCUGCCUCUACUGGUCAAGAAGAUGAGGCAGCAGAGGAAGAACAUGCUGCAGGAGAAGCUGCACCUCAAGUUUUGCUAUGAGGCGGUUCUGAAACACGCCGAGCAGGUCCUUCAGAGACACGGCUACCUCCCUGCCGCUCCCUGCCUCAAGGCCCCAAGCACAGCUGCAGCCAAGCCUUACUCUCGCCAGGAGUCACAACAGGAUAUAGUUUUGGGAGGCGACAUGACCAUCAGCUCCAUCCAGGCCACCAUCGCCAAACUCAGCAUUCGACCUCCCAGUGCCACUGACCUGGCCAUGAACCCUGGCCUCAAUGGUGGUGCCCCCUCUGGUCUGGAAGACCAACCAUUUGUUCCCUCCAACAACCUGCCACUAGACGGAAAGCUAGAGCUGUCUGUGGCCCCUGCUUCCCUGAGUCCCUCCUCACCAGAGAAGGUUCAGUCUCUACCACCCAAUGGGGUGGAUGCCCCUGCCCCUUCCUCUCCACCCACAGCCAAGAACAAUGUGGUCCCAGAGGUGUUGCCUGACCCAGGACCUCCCACCGGCCCUCCUCCAAACUCCUUGGAGCUGCUGGCCUCUCUGACCCCUGAAGCCUUCUCUAUGGAGGGUGGUGGAGGGAGGGGGAAGCAUCGUGUUACCAAGCAGAGCUUCUUGCAGCCUGCCGAGGGCCAGGGUCUCCACAAGGGGCCCAUUGAGGAGGGGGGCGAUGACCCCCUGAGCAGCUUGGACCCCCUCUGGAGCCUCAACAAGAGUUGAGACACAGGCCAUAAGGCCUCUUUCCUACUUUAGAACCUAGUUUCAGACUGGCUCCUAGCCCCGGGUACUAACUGUUAUUAUUCUCUUCUAACCAAAACGACUAGCAAGGUGAACGGUGGAAGCUCCAGUAAUCUCACAUAGAACUGCCUGGAGGGGGGGGCUUUCUGUCGCUUUAGGGCCCCUACAUUCCCCCUUCCCUGUGCUUCUGGAACCGAAUCACUGUGCGCCCGUCUGUCUCGUUUCUAUCAUUCUCGCCUUCUGUUAAGUUUUUCUACCCGUGCUAAGUGGAUCUGUUCUUCACUCAUUGGCUACUUUAGAGCUGGACUGGCACUCAGCUCCACAAAUCCCAGCAUGCACUCCAAGCAUUACUAGCAGCACAGUGUCUGUGGUCCCUGCCUGUCACAGCGGGCUGGACUCUUCAUAUGAACUAUAAUGCUAACCAUGCUGAUGGUAGUGACUGAUGUGUUUGCACUAUUGUGAUUCAAACCGAAGCCGGGGGAGGAGCUUGCAGACAAAGGUAAAAUUAAUCAGACGACCCAAUUCUGCAGUGCGGUGGCUGUCAUUAUGGUUACCACAUACUGUAUGCAUAGAACAGAAUCAGUACAAGAUUCCUUUCAUUUACACUGUAAAUACAUCUUAAAUAAAAUUAACUACCGAGAUGUUAUUACAUUGG